GCUGCCGCUUCCUGCCCACCGGCUCUCCGGCAGCGGGGGAGGGCUCGCCUGCUCUCCCUGCCGCCGAGGAGCAAUCGCCGCGAACCUGCCCGCCGGGCGCCGGCCCAGCCGCCGAGGCCAUGCCCAGCUCGGCGCUGUGGGCGGUGGAUCUCUUCGGCAGGGUGUGCACCCUCUCGACGGCCGCGCAGCACUGGGAGCUGUGCAGGGACGCCCAGCUCGAGUUCAAGCGGGUCAGCGCGGCCGCGCAGUGCUGCUGGGGCAUCGCCUGCGACCACCAGGUGUACGUGCGCGUGGGCUCCAGCGACGUCCCCAUCCGCCGCCGGGAGGAGGCCUAUGAGAAUCAGCGCUGGAACCCCGUGGGCGGCUUCUGUGAGACACUCCUGCCGAGCGACCGCUGGCCGUGGAGCGACGUGAGUGGGCUCCAGCACCGGCCGCUGGAUGGGGUGGCGCUGCCCUCGCCGCACUGGGAGUGGGAGUCGGACUGGUACGUGGAUGAGAAUUUUGGAGGGGAACCCACCGAGAAAGGGGGGUGGACAUACGCCAUCGACUUCCCCGCCACCUACACUAGAGACAAGAAGUGGAAUUCCUGCGUGCGCCGGCGUCGGUGGAUCCGGUACAGGAGAUACAAAUCCCGGGACACGUGGGCCCAGAUCCCGUCGCAGGAUGACCCCAAGCAACUGCCCGACCCCUUCAACGACCUCUCCGUGGGGGGGUGGGAGAUCACUGAUGAGCCCGUGGGCCGCCUGUCCGUGUGGGCCGUGUCUCUGCAGGGGAAGGUGUGGUACAGAGAGGACGUCAGCCACCCCAACCCCGAAGGCUCAUCGUGGUCCUUGGUGGACACCCCCGGGGAGGUGGUUCAGAUCAGCUGUGGCCCCCACGACCUGCUGUGGGCAACACUCUGGGAGGGACAGGCUUUGGUCCGGGAAGGAAUCAACAGGAACCAUCCCAAAGGAAGUUCGUGGUCCAUAGUGGAGCCCCCCACGUCAGAAAAUGGCAUCAUGCACGUCUCCGCGGGAGUCGGCGUGCUCUGGGCUGUCACCAAGGACCGGAAAGUUUGGUUCCGACGAGGUGUCAACUCUUACAAUCCCUGUGGCACCAGCUGGAUCGAGAUGGUGGGAGAAAUGGCGAUGGUGAACGUGGGGCUGAAUGACCAGGUCUGGGGCAUCGGCUGGGCGGACCGGGCCCUGUACUUCCGUCAGGGCGUCACCCAGAGCGAGCUCAGCGGGAGGACGUGGAAAGCCAUUGUCGCCGGCCGGGAGUGUGACCGCUCUCACUCGGGCAGCUCGUCCAGCCUCCUCAGCGCUGGCUGCUUCUUUGGCGACGAGGUGCGGGGCAGCGGCGAGUCCUGUGGGCCGAGCGACUCGGAGGCCGAGAGGCUGGGGCCUGAGCCUGAGCCUGCGCCGGAGGUCGCCAGCCCUGCCUCCACCCCGGCCGAGCUGCCCUGGACCAACAUCGACCUGAAGGAGCCCAAGGGGGGGCCCAGCCACGCGGCCACCGGCUUUGCCGAGGCCUCCGACCUCUCCUCGCUGGGCCUCCUCCCGCUGGGCUUGGAGGAGCCCGAGGGCGCCGACGGCCACCCGCUGUGGGCCUGGGUGUCCGGAGGAGGCUGCGCCGUGGAGGCCCACUCCACGCUCAAGUGGUUCACCGUCCAGUCGGGCCUGUCCCCCUCCGUGCAGACGCUGUCGCUGUCCAUCACGCCAGCCCAGACCGCCGCUUGGCGGAAGCAGAUCUUCCAGCAGCUCACGGAAAGGACCAAGCGGGAGCUGGAGAACUUCCGCCACUAUGAGCAGGCGGUGGAGCAGUCGGUGUGGGUGAAGACCGGGGCCCUGCAGUGGUGGUGCGACUGGAAACCCCACAAGUGGGUGGACGUGCGUGUGGCCCUGGAGCAGUUCACGGGGCACGACGGCGCUCGGGACAGCAUCCUCUUCAUCUACUACGUGGUCCACGAGGAGAAGAAGUACAUCCACGUGUUCCUCAACGAGGUGACAGCGCUGGUCCCCGUGCUCAGCGAGGCCAAGCACUCCUUCGCCCUGUACACCCCCGAGAGGACCCGGCAGAGGUGGCCCGUGCGCCUGGCCGCCGCCACCGAGCAGGACAUGAGCGACUGGCUCGCCCUCCUCAACCUGUCCUGCUGCGAGAGCCGGAGGGUCCACGGCCGCCCCUCGCCGCAGGCCAUCUGGUCCGUCACCUGCAAGGGGGACAUCUUUGUGAGCGAGCCCAGCCCGGACCUCGAGGCCCCCGAGCGCCCGCUGCCCUGCGACCAGAUGUUCUGGCGGCAAAUGGGAGGCCACCUGCGGGUGGUGGAGGCCAACAGCCGCGGCGUCGUGUGGGGCAUCGGCUACGACCACACGGCCUGGGUGUACACGGGCGGCUACGGGGGAGGCUGCUUCCAAGGCCUGGCCAGCAGCACCAGCAACAUCUACACGCAGUCGGACGUGAAGUGUGUCUACAUCUACGAGAACCAGCGCUGGAACCCGGUCACAGGCUACACCAGCAGGGGCCUGCCCACCGACCGGUACAUGUGGAGUGACGCCACGGGGCUGCAGGAGUGCACCAAGGCCAGCACGAAGCCCCCGUCCCUGCAGUGGGCCUGGGUGUCUGACUGGUUCGUGGAUUUCAGCGUUCCUGGGGGCGCGGACCAGGAGGGGUGGCAGUACGCCAGCGACUUCCCUGCCUCAUACCACGGGUACAAAACCAUGAAGGAUUUUGUCCGGAGAAGGUGCUGGGCCAGAAAAUGCAAGCUGGUGACCAGCGGGCCCUGGCUGGAGGUGGCCCCCAUCGCCCUCGGGGACGUGUCCAUCAUCCCAGAGAGCCCGGGCGCCCCCGGGAGUGGACCCAGCAUCGCGCUCUGGGCCGUCAGUGACAAGGGGGACGUGCUGUGCCGCCUGGGUGUGUCCGAGCUUAACCCUGCGGGCUCCUCCUGGCUGCACGUGGGUACCGACCAGCCCUUCGCCUCCGUGUCCAUCGGGGCCUGCUACCAGGUGUGGGCCGUGGCGAGAGAUGGCUCCGCCUUCUACCGUGGCUCCGUGUCCCCCUCCAAGCCAGCUGGCGAUUGCUGGUACCACAUCCCAUCUCCCCCCAAACAGAGACUCAAACAGGUGUCUGUGGGGCACACAGCGGUGUACGCCUUGGAUGAAAACGGGAACAUGUGGUACCGCCAGGGGGUCACGCCCAGCUACCCGCAGGGCUCCGGCUGGGAGCACGUGUCUAACAAUGUGCGCCGUGUGUCCGUGGGGCCCCUGGACCAGGUCUGGGGAGACGGGGCGGAGGCUGGACGCCCGUGCUGGGGUCGGGGACGUGGGGGGAUCUGGGUGCCCGCUCUGGCCUCCCCACCGCUGUCCCCAGGGUCCCCCUGCAGCCGGGGGCUGGGCCUGCAGCGGGUCUGCAUUCCAGGUCUGGGUCAUCGCGGACAAAGUCCAGGGAAGCCACGGCCUGAGCCGGGGAACCGUGUGUCACCGCACGGGUGUGCAGCCCCUCGAGCCCAAGGGGCUGGGCUGGGACUACGGCAUCGGGGGGGGCUGGGAUCACCUCUCCGUCCGGGCCAAUGCCACCAGGGCCCCCAGGACUUCGUCCCAGGAGAGGGCUGGCGAGCGGAGCGGGGAGCAGGGCAGCAGGCCCUCGAGUGUGGCCGCAGCCCCGCAGGAGACCCCCGGCCCGGUCUGCUGCUGAGGCCGCGUCCCCUCGCCUGAGCAAGCUGCCCUGAAGGCUCAAGCUUGAUGUGAGGGUUCCCGUCGCCGCUGUCACCGUCGUGAGCCAUUCUCGUGCUGAACUCGCUGAAGUGUGGGUCCCAGCAGAGGCAUCACCAGGCCCAGACUGCAGGCUCCGUAGGAAAGCCGGCCUGAGGUCACGGCCACCUUGGAGGCACUGAAACAGCCCAGAAACGUGAAGCUCUGUGGCCCCGGCUGCGAGGGGAACGUGGGGUGUGGGGUGGGGGCCCCCUUCACCCUGGCCUCUUCCGCCCGUCCCCCUCCCCCUCCGCCUCCCACCUUCAAGGGACGGGAGCCUGGCCCUUCCAGGAACACUGCCCCUGGGGAAGCAGAGCCCCCAGAGGAGCCUUCUAGGCUCUGAGCAUCCCCAGACAGCACGGGGGGACUGCCCCCCAAAGAAAACUGGCCAUGGCUGUGGGGCUCAGGCUGCUCUGCCUCGGGCCUGGUCAGUCCUGAGAGCAGGACACGCAGACUUCAUUGCAAAGGUUAAGGAAGGAGACGUGAGGUUGGAAAUAAAUGCUGGGGAGGGGCGUCUGCACCCCCUCCCCCGGGUGGGCCAGGCCCUCCUGGAGUGGACAGAGGACAGAGAGGCUGCCCGUGGCUGGGAGAGGUCCAUGUGCAGAAUCCCUGUCCGCCCAGCAAAGCGGAGAAGCCUCUCAAGCCCUCACUCCCCACCUGCGGCCGCCCAGCUGCUUUUUAUCUGGAAAAAGGGCCUGUUUGGUGAAGUCUGGUGUUUGCUUCCUACAACCAGACCCUUUGGGGGAGGGGGCAGUCCUCGUGAGCCCACGUCCCUUCUCACCCAUCUCGGCUCUCGAUUUGAUACAGAACACGCUGACUCCACCAGCUUCCCUGGGCCAUCCCGCCUGGAGGGCCCGGCUGUGCUGGCGGCUGUAAAGAGGUCGCUCGUGGGCCCCCUCGCCAGUGGCAUGGAGGGAGUGGGUGGCCUCUGCGUUUGCUGCAUCUCCUGGAGGCGGGACCAGGGGGCGCAGGUCUGGGGGCAGGGCCCAGGGGAACCCCGUGAAGGGCCAGGCGGGGCGGUGCCCUCCUGCCCAUUUGCACUCUGCUGCCAGGUCUCGCCGAGUGGGCCUUUUGGUUUCUUCUACGGCAGCCACCUUUGUUCUACUGUCACUUGCUGGUUGCACCCUGCCCUUUAUCCAGGGCCACCGUGUCUCCUCUUGGCUGAGCCCCAACUGUCGGCCUGCUCAGCAUCACGGAACCAUCUCAAUUCCUUGGAUGCUUUAUUCAAUAAAAACUUAUGCCAAUGUCAA